GAUGUGCUAUUAGAAGGUAAACCUAUCAGGAAUCACUGCUACUGAAAUACUGGUGCAAAGGGAAAUUAAAUAUCACCUGAAGUUUGCUACAGAAGUGAACCCUUGAUGCUUCCAGUAUAGCUCUUCAGUUUAGCUUUGUUUUGCCAUCACGUUUCGGAGUGCAGCAGCUAUAAGAGAACUUGGGCAGCAAUCAAUUUGAUGAUGUCGAGCACCUCUCAGAAGCACAGGGACUUUGUGGCCGAGCCCAUGGGGGAUAAACCGGUCAUUGCUCUGGCUGGCAUCGGAGAUGUUCUGGGAAAGAAUCUGGUGGACCAGGGCUUUGACAAAGCAUUUGUAGUGUUGGGUCAGUACCUUUUGCUGAAGAAGGACCAUGAACUUUUCUCCGAGUGGUUGAAGGACACCAGCGGGGCCAAUUCAAGGCAAGCGGCCUCCUGUUGUCAGUGUCUGGCCGACUGGUGCGACGCCUUUCUCUGAAUCUGGUGGCUUUUUUUCCUUCCUUCUGAAUACCUUCACUUGUGCCAUCAUUGAACAGUUUUAACCUUUUUGAAUAAAUGUGUUCUGCGAUUUUCUGUAAUUCAGUGGUAAAGCUGUAUUUAUGUAAAAGCAUUCAGAUAUCGA